AAAAAUAUGAAUAAAAAAUUAAAUGGAUACGGAAAAUACGGAAGCUAAUUGGUGUAGGUAGAAUUUCAGACCGACAUCGCAAACCCAAAUUACAUAGACGACGGUGAUACUCACAGAAACAAAGUCCACAUCCCGGAAUUCCCGCAACCCAACACCUUCCGAUCUCGCCGCAUUGCUAUCUCUCUCUUUCUCUCUCUGGAUCUGAGGCAGGAAAAUCUCGAUCUUAUCCAGCUUCCCGGACUGACAAGCUCAGGACAUCUGGAAAAGUUGGGAUGGGAGCAGAAAAUAGCCAUUGGCAUUUGGAGCUAAACUAUGACCAGUGGGUAGCAUUAUCUGUAUCUGGUUCGCGACCAUCAGCUCGCUAUAAGCAUGCAGCAGCUGUGGUUGAUACAAAAUUGUACAUUUCUGGUGGAAGUCGAAAUGGUCGGUACCUAUCCGAUGUUCAGGUUUUUGAUCUUGAAACUUUGGCAUGGUCUUCUCUGAAACUGAGCACUGAACCAAAUGUUGAUAAGAUCAAUGACAGUCUCCCACGAGAAAUCCUUCCAGCUACAUCUGGUCACAGUAUGUUUAAGUGGGGAAACAAACUUCUUCUUGUUGGUGGGCAUUCAAAGAAUAUAUCUGCAAAUCUGUCAGUGUGGUUCAUUGAUCUGGAAUCACACCACUGUGGUGUUGUGGAGACCACCGGAAAAGUUCCGGUAGCUCGUGGUGGGCAGUCUCUAACGCUGGUUGGAUCUAAACUGAUAAUGUUUGGCGGAGAAGACAGACAUAGGCAGUUGAUGAAUGAUGUCCACAUUCUUGAUAUGGAGACAAUGACUUGGGAUGUUUUAGCAGCUACGCAGACGCCUCCAGCUCCCAGAUUUGAUCACACAGCAGCAGUGCAUGCAGAGCGCUAUCUUCUAAUCUUUGGUGGUUGUUCUCAUUCAAUGUUUUUCAACGAUCUUCAUGUACUGGACUUGGAGACUAUGGAAUGGUCCCAACCACAAAUUCAAGGUGAUUUGGUUACCCCGAGGGCUGGUCAUGCUGGCAUAACAAUUGAUGAAAACUGGUAUAUAGUUGGUGGUGGUGAUAAUAGAAGUGGUGCCCCAGAAACUCUUGUGUUGAAUAUGUCUAAGCUUGUUAUGACGGUUUUAACAAGCGUUGGGGGAAGAGAUCCUCUGGCCAGUGAGGGAGUCAGUCUUUCUUCAUUGUUGCUAGAUGGAGAGGAGAUUCUGGUUGCAUUUGGUGGCUAUAAUGGGAAGUAUAACAAUGAGGUAUAUGUGAUGAGACCCAAACCAAGGGAUUCUCCUCACCCCAAAAUUUUUCAGUCACCAGCAGCUGCAGCUGCCGCAGCCUCUGUUACUGCUGCAUAUGCCCUAAGCAAAUCUGGGAAGCUAGAGUUCUCUGAAAUGGAGGAUUUGAACAUUAAGUUAGCCCAAGGAAAUGGCUCUCAAUGGGAUCUUGCAAGUGACAUCACUAAAAUUAGGGAAGAAAAGAAGAUGUUGGAAUCAGCCCUUGCAAAAGUCAGAGCAGAUAAUUCAAGCUUCAAGGGAAAGAUUGACGAAACUACUGGUACUCAUGCUGAUUUGUCCAAGGAGCUCCACUCUGUCCAAGGUCAACUAAAUGCUGAAAGAUCAAGAUGUGCUAAACUGGAGGCACAGAUUUCAGAGCUACAGAAGAUGCUGGAGUCAUCGCCUUCCAUAGAAGAAGAGGUACAACUACUAAGGAAGCAAAAAUCUGCAUGGGAACAUGAUAUGGAACUUGCUUCAGCUGUUCAAAGGCAGAGUUCUGGUGGUGUUUGGAAGUGGAUGUCUAGUUAGCUGGGAAUUUAUGUAAAAUCUGAAGCUGUAAGAGUUCAUCAAUGGCCAUUAGAUGCUCUGGCGUUUUGUUUAUUCAGCCGCACAAGGGACCGGUUCUAUAGAUGUCUUCUGAACUUGCAACAGAUGGGAAUUUUUUCAGAUAAGACUGAACUGAUACAAUUACUUAAGAAGCAUGUUUCAGCUGUUUCUCAAUACGUGCUUUGCAAUUGUCAUUUUGUAGAUUGUACUCCAAAAUAUGCCUUUUGUUACACUGUAACAAUCAUUAUUAUUUGAUUCUCAUCAGUUUUGUACUCUUUAUGUUAUUCUUGUUGGUGUUAAUAACACCAUUGCACAAAAAUAGUAAUAAUAUUGACAUCGAGUUGGUGUAGUGUAA